UCCAUGUCGAGACACCGGCGGAGACCAAUCACUGCGCGUGCGAUGUGCGUGCGUGCGACAGGUGGCGGGCGCGGGCGGUGGCGGUGCGGCGUGCUGUGCGGCGCCGUGCUGGCGUUGAUGACGCUAGUGGCGGGUGCGGCCGCCGGCGACGCUGGCAAACGGGCCGAGAGCGAGUACAUGUCACCGAUGCCAUUCGUGUUAGGCUCGCGGUACGGGCGCUCCCAGCCUCGCUUGAUGAGUCCUAGGAAUGACAGGUUCUUCAUGGGCAGUAGAUACGGCAAGCGGUCGGAGCCAUGGGGCGGGGGCGGGACCUCGGGCGCGGGAGGGGGCGCGGGCGCGGGAGGGGGCGGUUGGCCCGCGCGCGCGGCUCACCCGCUGGCGUGUCAACCGCUCGGGGACAGCGGCCUGUACCGGUGCGCCCCUGCAGUAACCUCUGUCGCUGCCCCCGGCGUUGUCGCCACCGCCAACUACCACUAUAACAACAGGAGAUCGGAGGAGAGCCGCGAGUUAGGAGAGGAAGAAUGAGAGUCACACCUCUCUCUUCACCCGCGACCGACCGCUGUGAUCUUCCGCUAGUCAUGUUUCAUGGCAACCGGCAGAUGGUCAAACAAACAUAAAUAUAUGAAAAUAAAAAAAUAUUUUACAACAAUAAAAAGAGAGAGAGAGAGAGAGAGAGAGAGAACCAUUUUAUUGACCAAUAAAACACAAACAUAUAAUUAUAAACUGCUAAAAUAAAAAAAACAUAUAUAAAAAGUAAACAUUACACACAUUUAUAAAGCUAACAGCCAUCAUAUUGGUCAAUCAGGACCCUGUCUCAGCAUAAUGCUGCCGUGACAUGUAACUAAACGUGUCACGACAACGCUGGUAUUCUGGCAGGGCCUGUAUUAAAAUAAAACAAUAAUUCACAACAUCAUCACUUAAAUGAUAACUCGCCGCAAGUGAGAAUUUGAACAUUGAGACUUAUGCCGGCAUUAUUCUCUAAAUUUAAAACUGAAUUUGACAGCAGUCUAUCCUUUUUAAUCUCUACAGAGCAUGAUGUGAGCAUUCUUAUUGUCAAAUCAUACCAGAAUUAGUCCCAUCAUGUUAUAACAAUACAUCACUUAUAGGAGAGAGAACGCAUCGUAGGAGAGAUUAUUAAGUUUGUAAAAAUUCUCUUGGCUUUCAGUUUCAUUAGUUCUGAUUCGGUAUAAAAAAAUGUACUGUCUUAUUAAAUAACUAAGCUGACAGCAGUACUCAAAAAAGUCAAACUAAUUUAAUGCUUCGUUGCUUAAAAGUUGUCCGUUUCCUUUCAUUUUGACUUCUUUGAGUGUGGCUGUCAGAAUAUUAAUUUUGAGAGUUCGACUAAAUAUACUCAUCAAGAAAGUCCAAGCAUCAUGUUGUAGAGGUUUUGACGUUUGAACCACUUUUACUAGUAAUAGUUAAACUAAUCUGAUAAAGAUAUAAUGAUAAAGAUAUAACUGUAAAACAGUAAAAGUUUAUAUUUUUAAUAUCCACCAAAUAUAUUUUCGAGAACUUUAUACAAAUAUUGUAUACCAAUCCACUUUACUAAGAAAACAAAUUAAACAUCAAUAAUUAAUAACAAAACAUACAGUUUUUUUAUGUGUGUACUUUUCCGUAUAUUCGACUAAAAUAUUAAAGUGUAGGUUUUGAAACUUUUUAAUAAUAUCGCCAUCUGCCGGUCGCCUCUCCACUUUGUUUGUUUGUAUCUCUAGAAGGUGACGGGACGCACUAGACAGGAGUUAGGAUAAGUUAUUUUAAGGAAUUUAAAUAAAUUGCUCUCUUAGACGCUCAAAAUUGGUCAAAUCACUUUAAUAAACAUAUAUUUUGAAAGAGUUAAUUAAUUAAAUAAAUAAAUAUUUGGAAUAUGUUUAGCUGUCAUAAAUAGAAGAAAAAGAUUGUAAUUCAAAAAUAUGCUUCCCUUCUUCUCUCUUAAUUAUGAUGACAUUAUUUGUAUUCGGAGGGAGAGAUAGUUUUUCAUUUCAUCUAUCUCCCUUAUAUACCUCUCCCUCUCCUGAUACUAGCAUUCAAUGAGCGGAUAAGAGAGGAAUAGCGCUUUUCGGCUAGCGCAGGCUGGGAGCUAGCCGUAGUGCGCACUCGCCGAUUCACAUGCGACUCCAAACAUUUUAAGACUUAAUAUAAUAAAUAUGUUGGACUAUCUCAAUCUGUAUUCAAGACUAUAGUUUGAUUGCAGUCCGAAGUCUGUAUUGUUCAAAACAGCAACUCCUCAGAUUAAAGGAAACUGUCAAAAUUCUCAAAUCAAUUUAUUAUAUUAACCUAGAAGGCUAGGCUGAAGUUGUGUUUUAAUAUUUUUUGGUAACAUGACGUGCCAUUGUCCAUAGAUAUAAUUAUGAAAUGAGUUACCAAGAUUCAUAUUUUGAUAUUGACUGCUAGUUAAAAUAAAACAAUCAAAUUUUACAGAGCAAAGAAAGUUCUUAGGAACAGUAAAUUCUCUCCUUAUCCUGAUACUUACAAUUGUAUCUAGUAAAACUAAAAAAAAAUAUGUAAAUAACAUUGCCGUCUUUAGACGCGGUGCUUGCUUUAAAAGCUUUUAAAAUAGACUAAAUGAAUAAUGUUCGUAGAUUUUCUUGAUAGUUUUUUUUUUGUGUGAUAUUGCAUGUUUGUCGGCGAUCUGUAAUACUUAUUUAUAAGUUAGUUGUAUUAUAAUGUUAACAUUGUUGAAUAUAAACGCCACUACGUAAAAUAAAAUGGAACUGAA